AUGAGACACAUCAGGAAUUUGCAGCUCAACCCCAGCUCAAAGGAUCUCAGCACAGAGGUCCAUAAAAGAGCCAUGAAAAUGGUGAUGUCUUUCCUCUUCAUCAUUCAUGUUUCUUCCAUCUUAUUAACAGAUUGGAUUUUCCUUAAACUGCAGGGACAUCUGGUCAGAUUGGUGGUUGUGCUAACUUCGACUGUUUUUCCAUCAAGCCACUCCUUUAUCCUAAUUUUGGGAAAUAGCAAGCUGAGACAAAGUGCAGUAGGACUGCUGUGGUAUCUUAACUGCCACCCGAAAAGAGUGAAAUCUUUAGCUUCAUAG